AUGCAUGCCCCGCCGAGAGGUCCAGUGUACGCUCUUUAUUACACUGCCCUUGCAGUAUGCGCUAUUCCAGUUAACUUAAUGGCGAUUGUGAUCCUUUGCAAAGGAAGAUGUGGUCUCUCCCGGUGUAUAACGAAGUAUCUGGUCUCAAUGGCGGCGACCGAUCUCCUAGUUAUUAUCACGGCUGUUUUAUUAAAUAGGAUUCCCGGUAUUUAUUUUCCAGGUAGCUUUCUGUCCAUUACACCCGUAUGCAGUCUCACCAUUGCUUUAAUUUAUUCAACCAGGGACAGCUCCGUUUGGUUGACAGUCGCUUUCACUUUUGAUCGAUUUGUGGCCAUUUGCUGCCAAAAGCUGAAAACAAAAUACUGCACCGAGAAGACGGCGGUUGUGGUUAUUGGAACGAUUAGUGUUUUGGGAUGUUUGAAAAGCGUACCCUGGUAUUUUAUACACGAACCUAUGUUUGUGAUCAGUGAUGUUCCCUGGUUUUGCAGUGUGAAGGAAAUCCGUUAUACUUCUGCCUUGUGGAGAGCAUUCGACUGGUUCGACCGUAUUUUGACCCCGUUCGCUCCGUUCUUCCUGAUACUCCAGUUCAAUGCUCUGACCGUCAGGUACAUCCUAGUAGCUAGUAAAGCUCGCAGGAGGCUUCGUGUGCAUGGCAAUGGAGAGAAACAAGGUGACCCAGAGAUCGACAACCGGAGGAAAUCCAUCGUUUUACUGUUUACUAUCUCGGGUAGUUUCAUUCUCUUGUGGAUGACAUAUGUUGUACAAUUUUGUUAUGAGCGAUUUACGAAUAGUUAUCAAAUUGCCGGCUACAACGAUCCCAAAUAUAUUCUACAAGAAAGUGCUAAUAUGCUUCAGUUAUUGAAUUCUUGUACUAAUACGUUUAUAUACGCCGUAACUCAGAGUAGUUUCAGAAAGCAGUUAAAGAACGCUGUGAUAUAUCCACUUAAUAUAAUAUGUAAAAUCAUGAAAUAA